AUGGAUGAGUCUCUAUCCCACUGCCAUUUUUGCAAAACACUACAACAUCCUCACGGACACCGUCGUCACCGUUCUUCCGCCCCUUUCUAUAAAUCGCCGACGGAUUCCAUUCUUUCAUCUAAUCUAAAACAGAAUUCCAUGGGGCUUUUCUAUCUAGCAAUCAAGAUUCCACAAGCAAUCACUAUGACAAUCUUCACAAACGUAGCAUCUCAUCUUGUAUCACUCCUACUUGCAGCACUCACUCAUGUCGGCCUCUUCAAAUCGCCGCCUGAUCCCGACGAUUACACCUUCUCCUCCUCUAAUUAUGUUCUCAUCUUAGACGGCUCCUCCCCCUCCCUCCUCCCUGUCCCUGUCCACGUCGUUACCGCCUCCAUCAAGGCUAAAGUCCCAAUCAUACCCUACUCCGAUUUCGCCUACAGUCAUGGCGAAUCAGAGACGGCGGCGUGCUCCGUUUGCCUGGAUUGUAUCGAUGCAACUCAUCUAAUCAGAGAGCUUCUCAAUUGUAAACAUGUCUUCCAUCGAGAGUGUUUGGAUAGAUGGGUAGACGAAGGUCAGGUAACUUGCCCUUUGUGUAGAUCUAUGCUCCUUCCACCGAAGAAAUUCUUUUCCUCCUCCUCCGCUGCGACAGACUGCUAA